GAGUACGCCACACGCCACCGCCGACUACACCAAGCCCUUGUGGAUGCCAAGAGUGAUUGCUUGUUGAUGGAAGGAGGCGCAACUAUGCAAUACUAUACAAACAUUCAAUGGGAUUUGACCGAACGACCCUUCUUGGUCGUUCUUUUUGUCGACAAUACCUUACCCACAGGCAUCAACAUGACCGUGAUCACACCUGAAUUUGAAUUGACCAAGGCGCAAAAACGACUAGCUGAGGCCAAGUUACCUGACGACAUUCAGCCCACAUUGGUAUCAUGGAAGGAACAUGAGAGUCCGUUCGAGGGCUUGAGAGCGGUGUUACCAUCAGAAACAAGAGUCUUGAUCGAACCAGCCACACGGUUAUUCAUCUAUGAUGGUCUACGUCGUCUGUUUCCUACUGACAUGGCGCCUAUCGGAAUCCAGCAACUUCGCAUGAUCAAGUCUCCUGCUGAACUGAGUAUUCUCAGAUGUGCCAAUACAGUUACGGAGAUGGCCAUACGCGCUGUUCGUCCGCAUGUCAAGGUGGGCAUGUCCGAGUAUGACAUUCAGCAGCUGAUGACAAGUGCCCUCAAGAAGGCUGGCUUGACAAAUACUUGGGUCCUGGCCCUUGUUGACGAGCAUGCGGCUUUGCCACAUGGUGACUCGAGUGAAACAAAGGUCAAGAAGGAUAGUGUCGUACUAAUUGAUACUGGAGGAGAGCUUUAUGGUUAUCAGUCAGACACAACACGUACAUUCUUUCUCGGUAAAAAGGAUUUCAAUGAGACAAUAAAAGAUGCGUGGUACUUGGUUAAACAAGCUCAGGAGAGUGUUCUUGAUCAUACGAUUGCAGGCAACACAACCGCUGCUCAGGUCGAUCUGGCUGCUCGUCAUGUCAUCCAAAAGGGCGGCUACGGUCCUUACUUCACUCAUCGUCUAGGUCAUGGUAUUGGCUUAGAGAUGCAUGAAGAACCCUAUAUGAACAAGGGCAAUACGGAGCUUGUCUUGGUCCCUGGUAUGACCUUUAGCGUUGAACCAGGCAUCUACAUCACUAAUGAAUUUGGUAUUCGAUUAGAAGAUAUUGCCGUCGUAUCUGAC